GAUUUGCUGCUCUCGCCUGGAAAAGCUGGUUAGCCGACUGAUUCAAGUGAACGGCCUGUAAAUACUUCCUGCGUUAUCAUACAAACUUAGAACCAUAGCCCACUGCUCGCCGCCUGCAAGCGUGUUGACAACAGAUGCCCUCAUAAUCGCAGGGUUGAUUGGCUGUGCCUGUGCCAGUGUGCUGAUGACUCAGCAGGAGCAGCAUGAGUUUGGGGAGAGCCUGGAGGGGGCGGAGUCCUGGAUGCAGGCAGUGCAGGAGCGCCUGCGGGUCAACGACAACACCCAGGGGCCCCGCGCCGCCCUGGAGGCCAGGCUCCACGAGACCGAGCGGAUCCAUGGGUCGGAACACGAGGGUCGCCUGAAGAUGGACCGGGCUUUGGUGGCCGCUGAGGUUCUGUUGCAGAACGGAGAUGAGCAGACGAAACACCAGACCCUCGCCAAACUCCGGGACCUCAAAGCACUCUGGGAAGAGACCACAACCUACAUCGUCCACUGCCACAGCCGCAUAGAGUGGGUGUGGCUCCACUGGAACGAGUACCUGAAGGCCCACGAGGAGUUCCAAGCGUGGCUCGACAAGCUGCAGCGCGCCCUGGAGGCGGCCCCGGAACUGCAGCCGGGAGUGCGCGAGAAGCUGUGGCAGGUGGACCAUGCGCAGCUGACCCUCUGCGACGUCCAGGCCCAGGCGCCGCUGCUGGAGAGGCUGCUGGACGAGGCCGCCGGCCUGCACAACCGCACCGAGGACCCCAGCGUGGACCCGGAGAAGCAGGAGGCCCUGCAGGAGGCCUACAGCGACGUACAGGACAAGGCUGAGGAGAGGUUGCUGUUGCUUCAGAAGAGAGCAGAGGAUCACCAGCAGCACCAGGAAUGUGUGAAUAAGUUCCAAACAUGGCUGCUGUCCAAGGAGGAGGAGGUCAGACACUUCAGCCAGCAGGCGGACAGCACAGAGAACAAGCUGCAGCUACUGCAGGAGCUCGAAACGAGCAUCGCCAACGAGGAGCGGACUCUGCGCCACAUCGAGAGCCUGGCGGAGUCCGUGAAGGCCAGCACGUCCCCGGCGGGGGCCGAGGAGGUGGCACGGGAGACGGGCAGCCUGCGGGCGGCCUGGGAGCGUCUCCGGCUGGGCCUGCAGGAGGCCCGCGGCGGCCUCCACGACUCGCUGGACUCCCGGGGCCAGUACGAGGCCCGCUGCGGGCAGCUGCGCACGGGCAUCGGGGAGCUGCGGGCGCUGGUGCAGAGGCUGGCCAGGGAGCUGGAGGGCAGCGACGGAGAUCGGGAGCGGGAGCGGUCAGAGGAGCAGCUGGUGACCCAGUGGAGGAGGUGUACGGGUGUGAGAAACACACUGAUAGAUGAGGAGCCUCGCGCUGAGCUGCUGAAGGACCGUCUCAAGGAGCUGAUCCACUUGUCGCAGGACUGCAAGCCGCUGUCGGACGAGCUGCUGCUGGCCGUGAAGGAGUAUCAGAGUUUGAAAGGCCGGGCAUUCCGCCUGUCCUCUGAGAGCGAAACAGGCCUGAGGCAGGUUCUCCAGGACCCCCUGCAUGGCUUCAGCCAAUGGAGCCAGAUGGUGUCUCAAGUGCUGGAGGCGUCUGCCGAGGUGUCCGAGUUCUCCCACAUUGCCCUGCUUGUGCAGAACAUCGAGAAACUGUUGAAGCAGAGCCUGCAGCUGCAGGAGCGUCUGAGUCUGCUGCAGGUGAAGCGGGACCUGCUGGGCUGCGUGUUCGGGCCCGAGGCGGCCGAGGGCCUGCUGUCCGAGCUCAGCGCCAACGUGCGCCGCCGCGAGCUCCUGCACAGCCAGCUGCUGCAGCGCAAGAGCCGCCUCCAGGGAUUAAUAUCACGAACCAAAGACUUUGGGGAUGCUUAUGGGUCCAUUCGUAAGAAGCUGGCCUUCAUAAACGAACAGUGUCUGGCUUCACACACCCUCCAGCCGGACAUUCUGGCCAAGAAGAGUCAAUGCGACCAGUUGAGGGUCCUCAAGAGGGACUUGGAGGAUUGUGAGGCUCACAUCACCGCGCUAGAGACACUGGUGUCAUCCAGUCCCACCAACAGAGCCAAGUUCGAGUGCCUCUUCGCCGACUGGAAUAUAGUCUACAAAACCGUCAGGGUGAGGGUGAAUGAGUGUGAGCAUCAGAUCUCGGAGCACGAGGUCUUCCACGAGAGUCUGCUGAGUGUGGAGAAGUGGCUGAUGAUCAUGCGGCAGAAGCUGGAGUCGUUCCGCAGCUCUGGCGGGGAGUGGAGCGUGGAGAACCGGCAGCACGAGGCUGAGAGGGCGCUAGGGGAGUUUCCGGAGAAGGAACAGCAGCUUCGGCAGACGGAGCACCAGGGGCAGAAUGUGCUGGCCAAGACCUCUGAGGAGGGCAAAGUUCACAUCAUCCGUGACCUGAAGCGCCUGCGGGAAUCCUGGAAGACCCUGCAAUCCCUCAGCCUCCACCUGCACAGGCUUCUGAAUGGACAGGGGUCACGGGUCAAAGGUCAGCCUGGAGAGACAGCAGGAGGGGUCAGAGGUCAAGGCUCAGGUGGUCAGGUCGAGGGCGCUGCGGAGAACCCCAGAGGUCCACGUCGCCGCCUGUGGGAGCACGAGGGCUCGGCCGACGCACAUGGAGAAGGCCUGGAGAUGGACGAAGAGUUGGCCGCGCUCUCCGGCCUCGCAGCGUUGGGCACGGCCGUCAGCGCGCAGAGCGGAGGAGGGGCGGGCCGACCAAACCUGUUGCCCAGCAACGGCAGGGGUCAGAGAGCGUUCUGCGGCGGCCAGAGUGUGGACGAGGUGGACUCCGAGCGCUCGGGAGGGGAGCUGGGGGUGAGCGCGGGGAGGACUGCCCAGAGAGGGGAGCAGGGGGCGAGCACGGGCAGGACUGCCCAGAGAGGGGGGCCUGGCGGUCUGCGGAGACGCCGGGGCGAGCAGGCGGACGGGCCAGUGGGUGGAGGAGCACGCCGCUGCCUCCGGAGGGGAGGGAGGGGCCCUGGAGGACGGCGAAGGCUACAGCCCGGGCCUCAGCCUGAGAGCACGCCGCCGCAGCGGAGAGCAGAGCGGGCUGGACGACUCCAGGGCCAGGGGGGCGAGAAGAGACGCGUCCGGUCGAGACUCUGGCACGACACCAACGCCCACAAAGGGGGGCCGCAGCCCUGCCGACUCGGGGGAGCAGCGGCGACACUUUGACAUCUGGCUUCAGAGGGAGACUGACAAGCUCUCGGGGAUCCUGAACAGCCACCGAGCCAUCAGCGCCAAAGAGCUCAAGAUCAGAGAGAAUACGCUUAAGGCCUUGCGGUCUCGUGUCCCCUGGGGCCAGGGUCAGUUUCAGCAGCUGCUGGACUCUCGGGGCCGGGUCAGGGGCCGGUGCCGGGCCAGAGGUGGAGGACGUGGAGCUGGAGGACUUGCGGUAUCGCUGGAUGCUCCACAAGUCCAAGCUGAAGGACGUGGGCGAGCUGAGGGACCGUCUCGAGUGGCGGUAAUGUUGGUGUUCAGAAGCAG